CUGGCGCACGUCAGCCGAACCGCCAAAGAUGUCCGCCCCCACUGCCUGCGCCCCGCUGCAGCUGGGUUCUGUUUGCCAGGAGAGCUGAUCAGAGUUAAGGUGUCUCGGGCACAGGUCGUGGCGCGGGAGAAACUAGGGCCAGACUCAGGAUAUCGCGGAAUAUCAGGAGAAGCGGCCCUUCUGACGGUUGAGAAAACGGGCUCUGAGCCCAGGUUGGUGAUGAAGAGCGACGCCUCGACCUCUGCAGCCCCUCUUAAGGGGCUUGGGGGCCCCUUGAGGAGCAGCGAGCCGGUGCGCGUGGUGCGGGUAGCGUCUCCCGCGGUGCAUCUGCUGGAGGAGGCGGCCGACCUCCUGGUGGUGCACCUGGACUUCCGCGCGGCGCUGGAGACCUGCGAGCGGGCCUGGCAGAGCCUGGCCAACGACUCUCUGACCGAAGAGCCCGCGGGCACCUACUUGGAGGUGAAAUGCUCCCUGUGUAUUGUGGGGAUCCAGGCCCUGGCAGAAAUGGAUCGGUGGCAGGAAGUUCUCUCCUGGGUCCUUCAAUAUUACCAGGUCCCUGAAAAGCUACCCCCGAAAGUCCUGGAGCUGUGCAUUCUUUUAUACAGCAAAAUGCAAGAGCCUGGAGCAGUACUGGAUGUGGUCAGUGCCUGGCUUCAAGACCCAGACAACCAGAACCUUACAGAAUAUGGAGCUUUGUGUGAACUUCACAUACAGCGGGUGCUACUGCCUCUGGGCCGCUUGUUGGAGGCUGAAGAGCUUGUGGUGGGCUCUGCAGCCUUUGGUGAGGACCAGCGACUAGAAGUGCUCCAGGCUAUUCGUACAGUGAGGCAACAGCGGAAACAGGAAUGCUCAGGCUCACAGGAGGCCCCAAAACUAAACCAGGAAGGCUCAUUUUCCCACAAGUUCCUGUCACUACUGAUGCUGCUUCGUCGACUUUGGGACUGUGCUGUGAGCCACUUCCUUUCUCUGUCCUUCAAGAGGAGCCUCCUUGCCACCUUGAUCCUCUGUCUCUUAGUGGUAAGGAUUGAUCCAGCAUCUCCUUCUUCCCUGCCCUUCCUCUACCAGCUGGCUCAGCUCUUCCACCGGAUCCGGAAAGCCAUGUUUGCUCGCCUCUACCAGCUCCCCCUCCAUGACUGAGUAGUCUUCCACAUGCACCUUAGCCUCUCAUUUUCCACCUCUGCCACAGCAGAAGGAGAAUAGUCUUUUCCAUGGUGCCAGCCAGACCUCUGUUGGAGUGGGGCCAACCUCAUUCCAGGGGGAACAUUCUGGAUGAGUGAACUGUGUCUAGCUGCUGUUAUGCCCUCUAAGCACCCACUUCUCUGCACUCUGCACUCAGGCCCCUUGGAAGGGAGGGGUUUGGGGAUGGGGAAUGUAUCCCUGAAACAUUCCAUUUUUCUUGGCAAAGACACAGGGUGACUUUCCAGGUCAGGGUGUUGAUGGAGCCAAAGGUUAAGAAAUGUCCUAGUGGAGUGACCCUUGACCUUUCACUUCCUUGUAAACCUUGUUUCUGAAAAUCUUCUUAUAGGACAGCACUGUAAUUAAAGUGAGAUCAGCGAGAGCCUCCCUCUUUUCUCCUGUUUCUCUCCAUAGACCUGUUAUAAUUACAUAUCAAGUCACUGUUCCCCUGGUCCUGCAGUGGGUAUGAAGGCUUCCUGCUGCUUGAGGCCUCUCGCUGCUUGGAAUUGGGUGGGGCUUUCGGAACUACCCAGGUGACCACUGAAAGCAAAGUGAGCUUGCUCAGCCUUUAUCGCUGGGUAAAGUGAUCUUGCUUGGUGCCUCUUGGUCUUCAGCUCACUUAUCCAGCAUGUUAGUGGUCAAGCCCUGCUCAGUUACACUCAGUGUCCUUGCCUACUCUUUCUGCCUGCCACUCUCUCUCCUUCCCUGAAGACUGCCCCAUAGUUACUUAUCUAGUUUUUGUCUGUAUCCUUGUGUCUUUGGUACACGCUGUGGCAAGUCCUCCCCCGCAUGCCCUGUUAUCCUAAUUAUAUUCUGUUGUUUGUAUAAUGCCCAAAUUUUUCUGCUCGUGUAGACUUGAAAGUAGGCCAGCCUCAGAGGCUGAUGAGCUGAAAAUGGAACUGGGUAAUCAGGUGAGCUGGAAAAGAUGCGUGGGGGCUGGGCUGAGGUAAGAUGUGGUCUUUGAAGGCAGUGAAUAAUAGGCUUUAGGGAAGGAAGCCUUGGCAUUGGCAUUGAGGAGUUGAAACAUUUGAGUGGGUUUUUUUCUCAUGUUUCUUUGUAAGUAAAUGUAGAGUACUACUGUGUCAGAAUCAUGAAAGCUUCCUGCCAGGGCUGGCCUCUUCAUUGAAGGCCAAGCAAGCUACCCAUACUGGAACCCCUGUCAACUUUGAUGCCAAGAAUACAGGAGGUACUUAUUAGCUUUGUGUUGGUUCAUUUUCAGGGUUUGUGAGUUAACUUCUCUUUAGAGAAAGAAAAAGUCAUAGACCCUUAGAAUUAAAUCUAAAACCCUAGGACAUGGUCCAACUCUUUGCAGGAAACAAAUCUAUGCUUUUUAUAAUAUCCUUUAAAUUGAGUUUAGAACCCCAGGGAGACAAAGGGAAUCAGGCAAAUUUUGAGAUUCCCUCCUGUAGAAUAAAUUUUUUUGAGAUGGGGGUCUUGCUGGUUUGCCCAGGCUGGCCUCAAACUCCUGGGUUCAAGUGAUCCUCCUGCCUCAGUCUCCCUAGUAGCUGGGACUUAUGUACCUGGCUUAGAAUGAUUUUUUAAAAAUGAAAAUCUGAAAAAAGAAAAGAAAAUCUGUCCUAUAUACAAGCCUAGAGAAAAUUCUUUAGUGGUUUCCAUGAUCACCAGGAUAAAAUACAGAUUCUUCAUGUUAGUUAAGACCCAUUAGGUAUAGGUUUUGGUGAAAUACUUCCACUUUUCUGUGGGAACUCUAUUCCUUAGACAUUCUGCUUCUAACCACCAGGCAAUCAGGUUUUCUGUAGGCCUUUCUGCUGUAGGUUGAUGCUCUGCUGGAAGGCCCUGUUCUUGCUCUGGAGAGCUCCUCAACCUUCUAGACUUGUUCCAGGGAGCCUCUGGGAAUCCUUCCCCAAGCCCUCCUGCUUCCAGGUCUUGUUUCUUUUCUUUCUUUCUUUUUUUUUUUUCCUUGUUUCUUAUCCCUUGUGACCUUAUUGUUGCAUAAUUCCUCAUUGCCUCGAGUGCUCUGAGCUGUUUGAGGCUGGUAGUGUGGCUGUGGUGGUUUUUAAGAGUAGGACUCUGAUCCUUUAUGUAAUCUAAUGUUUCUCAACCUCAGGUUCUCAUCUCUUAAAUUCUUACCUCACAAGGACUUUUGGAUGAGUAAAGAGGUUAUUCAUAAGGAAGCACUUAGCACAUACUGCCCCAGGGAGGAGCUCUUGUGAGUGGUUGCAGUUACCAGGUCCAGCUGUAUCCCAGGGCCCAGUGGGGAACCUAGAAAUGAGAAGGUGCUCAGAGGGUUUAAUAAGUGGAUCAAUGUAAGUGACAUAAAAGGGCUACAUGCUUUUGGUGAAUUUGUGCUGUUUUGUGUUGUGAAAAACCUGAACAUAAAGACUUGAUUAUGUACAACUCAUUUUUUUUGUUCUCCCUCAAGCUCCCCAGUGUCAUUCAGCUUUCAGGCCUUUAGGAUCUCUGUUGUUUGUCCUGAAUUCUACAGUGCUCUCUGGUACCUAGCCACAGCUACCAGGUGAGGAACUCAGAACUCAUCCUGCUCCUGUGACCUCACCUUAUCUAUGGAUGUAGGCUGUGCUCAUUUCUGGACUUAAUGAUGUCAAAGUGAAGAGAGGGCUUUCUUGUCAGACUUUCUAAACCUGCAGUGUUCAGUACUUUGGCCAUCAGUCAAAUAUAGCUUUUGAGCAUUUGAAAUAUGGCUAGUCCAAAUUGAGAAGUUUUGUAAUUGUAAAAUACAUACUGGUUGUUGAAGACCAAAUUAAAAAAAAAAAAAAAAAGGAAACUGAUUUUUUAA